GCCUCCUUUCCCCCACCCUUGCCACGUGGGACCCACGUGGGACCGUCUAUGGCGUGGCCAUGGCGGAGCUGGAGCGCUUGGAUGUGGAGCUGGAGCCCGAUGGAGGCACCUUCCAUGGUCGACCCAGCGAUGGGUCCCGAUCCAUUCGGAAUCGAAAAGAGCUGGAACUUCUCCUGACCCUCUUCUGGGCACCUGCCACUGUUUUCGUUGUGGCGGAGGUCGUGAGCUACCUCUGCAUGCACAAGAGCUUCUUUGGCAACGCCUUUGAUGUGGGCAUCAGCUAUGAGCAAGUGGUGGAGGUACACGUUUUCGCGAGCAUUGCAAUGUGGAUCUUGGCCGCUGUCCAGAUCCGGAUCGAGACCCGCAAACGCCAGUCGCCGGCACUGCAUCGGCUCACAGGGGUCGUCAUGCUGCUGCUUUUCUUCUUGAUCGUCUUCCCAAGCAGCCUCUACUUGUCCGCCUUGCAGAGAAUUGAAUACUGGGCUCCAGCAGUGGCAGCAGUUCUGCUGGACACUGCUGGCUGCACCGCCUUUUUCUUGUAUCGUGGCUGGCGCGUGGCUAGACUGCGAGCAACGUCAGAGUCGCUGGCCCUGCACGGGCGGCUGAUGCAAUGUGGAGUCAUGAUGAGUAUGGCAAUUCUGCCGCAACGUUUCUUGCAGUUCUAUUUGUCCAUGCAGUUCAGGACGUUCCCUCAGGUCGAAUUUGGGCCCAGUGCAUUGGAGCGGAACACCUCGAGGAGGCCUUUGGCACCCGCCAGCCGUCCAUGUGGGAAAGAUACAUGUGGAAGUUUCGAUGGUUGGCCUAUGUGCCCAUCUACUACCUGUUGAGUGCCUUUCUGCACCGCGUCGUUCCCAUGACAUAAUCGACAUAGCAAAAAACAGGUGUGACUGCAGCUGGAGCUUGCUGUGGCUGCC